AUGAAGUUUAUCAUUGCCUCCGUUGCCGCUCUGGCUUCCGUCGCUAUCGCUGCACCAGGCUCAGAGACCCCUGAGCGGUGCAAGCCGGCCACUUAUCGAUGCGAUCCUAACGUGAACGGUUGGGAUGUUUGCAAUACCAGCAACCUGUGGGUGUUUGCUGGUAACUGCCCACCAAAAACCAUCUGCAAGUUCUUCCAGGAAAACGGCAGCCCCUACUGCGUCCCUCCCAACUUCACGAUCCCUUAG